CAACACUGCUUGAUUUGUUUUGGCGCCUUUGACCAGCUGACUGUGUUAGGCCUGACACCUGCCUUCUCCGGGGUCUGUCUGAAAGCUUCACAAGCAACAUGUCUCUUGUUGCUGAUGUUGUUGCAUCAAUUAGGAGCAGGGGUGGUAAAGAGAAGACAGGCAAGCUUGGAAUUGAUGGACAGUUAGAGGAGCUGGUGAAGCGAGCAGAAGAAGGACGUGUAGGUGUGUUCCAGGCUUUGGGAUCACGCUAUUCCAAAUUGACCACUGCCUUACAUGAUACUACGCUUCUCCAUGAUCGUGUCAAUGCUGCUCUUCGAGAUCUUACUAAUCUCCAUGAUUCAAUAGAACAAGAGGUGGAGAGUGGUGUAAAGAGCAGCGUUGGUGAAGUUGGAGGAUUGGUUAGACGGUGGAAGGAAGUGGUGGUGGGCCUGGAAGCUGCCAACACACUCCUCAAAAUUCAUACACUUUUCGAUGAAGCUCAUAAUGCACAACUAAUUCAUAGUUUCCUUACAACUGCAGAAAAUCUGGCUAAGGUUGAGUUGUUAUUACAAGAAACUUCAGAGAAGGAGGUGGAGGGGAACCUAGAAAUAAUCAGCUCUCUGAAGGCAGAGUUACUUAUUCGAAGGACACAGUUGGGGUACACUAUUGGAGAGGUUUGGGGUGAAACAGUUACAUGGGAUGAAGAACGUUUAAAUGAUGGAUCUCAAUCAGUGUCGCUGCUGAUUCAUGUCGUCAAUGGUAAAUCAUCACAGAAUAACUGUGAGGAGUUACAACAUAUCCUGGGAGCUUUCUACUUGUUGGGUGAGCUACAACGACGGAUUACAGGACUUGGCAAGAAUCUUAUGAGGCAUUUCUUUGGACCCAUCAUCAGCAGUAAUGCUGCUGUGAAGGUAGUUGAGCGCAGUGAUGGGUAUUCAAUCAAAGUUACUCAGCCAAAAGGACCUGAAGAAAAAGCUUCUGCAAUCCUAGUUUUUGGGCGCUUACAACAGACAUUUCUCAUGCUACAUAAAAGCCUUCUAUGUAUCAAGGUUCACACAGAUAGUGCAGAUGGCAAUGAAGAUGAUGAAGGUUUAUCAUUAAUGCAACUACUUGGUAAGGAGAUCGGUGAGGAAUUCACUGAAUUGUUGAUUAAAGAGUGCCUAGCAGAGGCAGUACCUUGUAGCAGAGCACAACUGGAUGAAUAUGAAGAAGUAAAACGUGCUACUGAGGAUUUCCAACAAUUUCUUAGUGGAAAUGGGUUCUAUAAUGCACAAGACAAAUCUAUAAUAGAAUAUGCAGCCAAUGUUGAUGUUGUCUUUAGCAAUAAGGCCUGUGCACACAUACUGGAGCAGGCACGGGAGAUGAUGAAGAGACCUAUACAUGUUACAGUGUGUGUUACUCCAUUAGAACCAGAUGGUGGUCUUAUUAUACAGGAUGAAACUGGCCAAAAGCUGGUGAAAAGCACUUUGAGACUGGAACAGCUACUUGCAGCAAAGACCUUUAAUCUUCCCAAAUGUCAAAUUAGUGCAUCUGUUUGUGAGUUAGUGGAAUUGAUAUAUAAAACAAUGGAUGAAGCAUGUACCAGUUCACCCCAAUAUGCUGGAAGACUAUUCUAUACUGUUCGCAACAUCCUGACGCUCUACUGCCACGUAGUACCCACGUCCCAUGCCCACGAACUUGCUACGUUGCCACAACAAGCAGCGGUAGUGCACAAUAACAGUAUGUACCUUGCUCAUCAUGCACUCCUGUUGGGACUCCAAUACAAAAAUCGACUACCACAGGCACUCAGAGAUAACACACUUACCACUGUUGAUUUGGCCCAACAACUUCGAAAGAUGGCAACUGCCACAUUUUUAAAAGCUAUGCAGGGACACCGUACAACCCUUAUUGACUCCCUCAGAGACUCUGCUGGCUUAGACACUAUUGGAUGUGACACUAGUGGAGUAAAUAAAGCACAGCAGGGUAUGCGACAGGUCCUUCACCAGCUUCAAUUAUUACGUAGGGUGUGGCAGGAUGUACUCCCCCAUACUGUAUACACAAAAGCCAUGGGCACAUUGGUGGGGUCAGUAGUGGAGGAGGUGGUGACACGCGUUGUGAGCUUGGAGGACAUUUCAGCAGAUGCAGCUCUGGCGCUCAUUAAUCUUCUUAAUCUCUUCAAGGAUAAUGUACCAGCACUCUUCCAGGUGGAGGGCGAUGCAAGAACUAAUCCAGGAGAUGUAGUGCGACAAGUGCGGUUGUGGGGGAAAUUCUGUGAGCUAAUUGUCAUUUUAGGAGCUAGUCUGCGGGACAUUUUGGAUAGAUGGGCAGAGGGCAAAGGUCCUCUGGCCCAUGAGUUCACCCCAGAUGAAGCCAAGCAGCUGAUCAGAGCUCUGUUCCAGAACACUGAUCGCAGAGCUCAGGUCCUGGCCCGGAUAAAAUGAUCAUCAAAUGUGUCCCUAAAAGUUUGACUUCCAUUUUAUAGAAUCUUUAGUGAUAAGAGUUUCACAUAUUUUUUAAUAUUUAUACAAUUACACUCUUUUCAGAAAUUUUAGACUUGCUAAAAACUUUCUUGUAAAAGUAAAGACAACCAUUUUUGACAAGCAUUAUAAUUUUUUCUUUGUUUUUCAUUGUUGGGAAAAUUUUUUGGCAUGCAUUUAAAAGUUAAACCCAAUAUGCAACCAGACUAAAUGGUCACAGGUAAGCCAGAGAUAUUAAAGGACUGCCUGCUAUAUCCCUGAAUGACUACUCCUUGGUUAGGAGUGCUGGACUCUUGUUAAACAUGGUCUGACAAGCCUCUGUGGCAGCUCAGUACAGUAUUUUCUUCCAUAAUUCAACAUGAUUCAUUUAUGAUUUUAUUUAUUUUUUAUUUUAUUUUAAGUGUUCAAUAUUUUUUUUGAAGCACAUAAGAAUGUCAAAUACCUGUAUGUCCCAAAUUUUUUAAAUCAUAGAAUAAACAAGUAAAGUCUCGGUCAGCAUCGUGCUUCAUAUAAUUGGUGGUGAAUAAAAACUCUGGGCUUAACUGUAAGGACUCUUUAUCUUAUUAUUCAUUUAUCUUUUGAACACGUUAAAUGCUUUUUCUGAACAAAAAAGGAUUUUUGCAAAAAAAAUUGAAUUAUCAAAGAAAAUAUAUUCAUAUGGACAAUAGUUUGUGCCUUUUCCAGACCUGUGAUACACUUGGUUGAAUGAGGAAAAAAUGAAAUGUACGUAUCGUACUGUACUGUAUAUAUAAUAUAAUAAAUAAUAGGAAUGAAAAUGCAA